AUGCAUCCAACGAAACUCACGCUGUCACCACAAACACAAACGCAUAAACAGAUCAAGGCACAAUCACGUUCGAUGCCACCUACAAAAGCACCUCUCACAAAACCGAGUGUGCCUCGUCCCACAACUACUCCACAGCGACCAAUAGGUCCUUUCGAGCAUAUACCUAGACAACAAAAUGGAAGGUACGAUGCUAUAGCAAUAAAAGUAAAGCUGAUGGAGUCCCUGGGAGAGAAAGCAACUAGGUACUGGGGGCAAUUGAAGAAGUAUCUGAUCGGAAAGUUAUCGAUAGGAGAGCUUCGUGAUGUGGCGACCAAUUUAUUGACAAAGGAGCAAAUGGAAUUGCACAACACACUCAUACUAGCAAUCAUCCACAAUGCUUCUCAGAAAGAACCGCCGCCGCCGGAUACCCAAGCAAAUGGCCCAUGGAAGAGGAAACAUGGGUUCGGAGAUGAUGAUGAUGACCGCAUGGCAUCCCAGUCAGAUGCCAAACGACGACGUCUAAAAAGACUAGUCAUGUCACUUCCUCGAGAGGAAAGGGAACGAAUCAAGAUGCUAAGGACUCAAGUAAAAGAAAGAUCAUAUCACGGCGCAUUUGCUCAGUCUCUUCCACAUCCGCCAAUUAGGCAGAAGCUGCCUGUAUUUGCUCUUCCCGAUUUUGUCCCUAUUCCUCCAAAACACGUCGACGAUAUGCGCCCACAGACAUGUCAAGAAAUGUUGGCGCUUCCAGAUGCGGAUGCAUUAAAACGACGGCUUAUACACAUUGCACAAGCAAACGGACUUGCAUCGAUUCAAGAUGAAUGCGUCCCUUUCAUGCGCUUUGCUCUUGAGUCGCAUCUAAAAAACAUUCUCGGCAAUGCUAUUCAGAAAGUACGAACGGGUGGGUCUCUAGGAAUAUCCACGGCAGACUUUCGUAUGAACAAGAAACUCCACGCCGCCGUUGCUGUAACGCAGAAAAAUACGUUAACAGCACAUGAUUUGGCGUUUUCAUUUGAAGUUUCACCACAUAUUCUGGUUGAACCAAGCGACGCCCGUGAGAGAUUAACGUCAGACGUCAAAUGUGGGAAUGCAAAGCUUGUCAGAUUGGAUUAUAGGAUUUUGAAUAUCACAAGAAACGUAUAUACAUAUCGAACAUUUUUCUCAUACGAGACAUUAUAG